CGUACGGCUCCACCGGGCUCCGCAGCGCUCCCACGCCGGCGCGGGGCCGGUCCGGGCUCUCCUCGUUCCCGGGCUGCACGCGCAGCCCCGCCUCGCGCACACGGCGGCUCCGCCUCCGCUUAAAGCGCGCCCGCGGCCGCCGCCGCCUCCUCUUCCCGCUCGAUCUGCCGCCGGCAUGUCGGACAGGCUGCCCUACAAAGUGGCUGACAUCAGCCUUGCUGACUGGGGUCGCAAGGCCAUUGAGAUUGCAGAGAAUGAGAUGCCAGGGCUGAUGAAGAUGCGGGAGAUGUAUGGUGCCUCGAAGCCCCUGAAAGGUGCGCGGAUCGCCGGCUGCCUCCAUAUGACUGUGCAGACAGCAGUUCUCAUAGAGACCCUUAUAAAGCUGGGAGCUGAGGUACAAUGGUCAAGCUGCAACAUUUUCUCCACUCAGGACCAUGCUGCGGCCGCUAUUGCAAAAGCUGGCAUCCCUGUAUUUGCCUGGAAAGGAGAAACGGAUGAGGAAUAUUUGUGGUGCAUUGAGCAGACCCUGUACUUCAAGGACGGGCAGCCCCUCAACAUGAUUUUGGAUGACGGUGGAGAUCUUACCAACCUAGUUCAUACCAAAUAUCCACAGCUCUUGAAAGGAAUUAAAGGUAUUUCAGAAGAGACAACCACUGGAGUUCACAACCUGUACAAGAUGAAAGCCAAUGGGACUCUGAAGGUGCCCGCUAUCAAUGUUAACGACUCUGUCACCAAGAGCAAAUUUGAUAACCUUUAUGGCUGCCGAGAGUCCCUCAUUGAUGGUAUCAAGCGUGCUACAGAUGUCAUGAUUGCUGGGAAAGUAGCAGUGGUGGCAGGUUAUGGUGAUGUGGGCAAAGGCUGUGCUCAGGCCCUGCGGAACUUUGGAGCAAGAGUCAUCAUCACUGAAAUUGAUCCCAUCAAUGCACUGCAGGCAGCUAUGGAAGGUUAUGAAGUUACUACAAUGGAGGAGGCUUGCAAGGAAGGCAAUAUCUUUGUUACAACCACUGGCUGCACUGACAUUGUUCAGGGCAGGCACUUUGAGCAGAUGAAGGAUGAUGCCAUAGUUUGUAAUAUUGGUCAUUUUGAUGUGGAAGUUGAUGCAAAGUGGCUGAAUCAAAAUGCAGUAGAGGUGGUGAAUGUUAAACCUCAGGUGGAUCGCUAUAAAUUGAGGAACGGUCGUCAUAUUAUACUGCUAGCAGAAGGCAGGCUGGUCAAUUUGGGCUGUGCCAUGGGUCACCCUAGCUUCGUCAUGAGCAACUCCUUCACCAACCAGGUGCUGGCACAGAUUGAGCUGUGGACAAAUAGUGACAAAUACUCUGUUGGAGUCCAUUUCCUGCCAAAGAAGCUGGAUGAAGCUGUGGCUGCUGCACACCUGGACAAACUGUGUGUGAAGUUGACAAAACUGAGUGAGAAGCAGGCCAAAUACCUGGGCUUGUCAAAGGAUGGGCCCUUCAAGCCAGACCACUACCGAUACUGAGCAGGUGGCAGUACUCAAAGACCAAAGUGCAGGGAUGCAACCUUCCAAAGCUCUAGUGUGUGCUGGGUUUCUGAGAACAAGCCCUUUGCCAUCAUCCUCUCAAUGCUGCAGAACUUGUGCCCUUACCAAUGGAGCUUCAGGGCCUUUUUAGUCUUUUUUUUUUUUUUUUUUUUUAAAGAAAGAGGAUCACCCUGGCUCAUGGAAUUAGGAUUGGUACUUAGCUAAAUUCACAGCAAAAAGGAUCCUGUGCACCUUUAAUUGGCCCCUAAUGUCCCAGUAAGAGCUGGACAAAAGAGAAUACUAGAUUAAACAUCCGCUCUUGUCAAGCAUGUGGCAAGCUGUUUGAGCAGGCUAAUCAGUGAAGUGCAGAACUGUUUCUGCAAAGAGAUGCUUUCUGCCAUGCUCUGUUGGAAUUAGCUGAAUUCUGUUUCAAGGCUGGUGGUGCCAGGCUUCUCUCCAUGAAGGUGCACUAACUGAAAUAACUGGGGGAACUAAGGAGGAGUAUUUCUGCAGGUUGCUUGUUCUGCCUCCUGUAGGAUUAAUGUAAUCUCCUAUGCAGAGAUGAGAGCUGGCAUUCUCUCUGGAUUCAUCUACUCCAGUAAUUUUAAUUAGAACCAAGACCCUUCUAUGCUGCUUCCAUAGCAACAAUGGAAGGGGUGUGAGGCAAAGGUGACUUACUUCAGCAGUCUUCUAGUGUUGGUGAAUGUCUGAGAAGCCACUGAGGGGAUGAUUAGGGUUAGGGGUCUUGACUGGGCCUAGGAUAACACCAGCAGCACGCUUUUACCCAAGGUUCUUUUUCAGAGUUGUCAUGUCUGCUGUAUCUUUUCUGUCACUGACUCAGAGUGCUUUUAUUAAAGAUGUGACUGUGGCCUGAC